GACAGUUUCUCGUUCGCGCCCAAAAGUGCAGUGCGCUCUGUCAAAUUUUCGUCAUCGGGUUUGCUGUUUUUUGGCUGGUUGGAGAAAAAAUCGGAACAUAAACAGUUUCGGAGCAGAAAUUCGACGAAAUUCGCUUUCGGAGUGUUAAGCCGUAUGAGUGGCAACUUGGUUCACUGACGGGAAUUCGGACAUUUCGAUUUUUCGAUCGAUUCCAGUUUGGAUGUGGCAAUGAUGCGUAUUGCGUGAACAGUGUUGUGUUUUGGGGGAUUGCAGAAAGGUGGUGCAACAGUGCAGGAGGGUUAAAUCAAUUACGCGUUUUGUGAUAAAUCGCGGUGAAAUGAAUGGAAAUAUAGCAAAGUACUUUAAAUCUCCAAAAGAAAAUGGUCAGGAGAAAACUGGAGAUGGUGCAGCACAACAGAAGGUUGAGGAGCACGGGGAUUCGGAACAGGCAGGGGUAUCCGCUGGUAAGGCGGAUGAGGCUCCACCAUCUAAAAGUGACGUCGAUCGAAUGAUUGCCGAAAAUAUGGCAUCGGUGCUGAAGUCGCUGAAAAAGAAACGCAGUCAUCAUAAGUGCAGUAAGAGAAAAAGAAACGAGGACCGCGUAGAGGAGAAAGAACAGCAAUCGAAAGACCAUCGAGAUGAAUCCAAAGGAGCUGAGGCUGACGAUACAAAAGAACCGCCCAGACGAUCACCUCGAAAAACGCACAAAACCGAACCGGAGCAGGAUCAGCCUAAGCAAGAAACUUCUGGCAAGAAGAUGAACGCUUUCCAGUUGAUGAUGAGCUCCAGGAACAAAGCUAUUGGUUCCAAUUCACCCGGCAAGGACGAUAGUAACGGAUCGGGUGUAUUAAACCCCGAAGAGGCAAUUAAGCGAGAUGAAAAAGUUAAGCGAAAGUUGAAGCUUGAAGAAUGGGCAGAACGGAAGGGUGCUGGAAAGCGUAAACUUCAGCAAGAAGCAGAGGAGGAGUUCAUUUCGCAUCAGAUGAAACGAAGAGCCAAACGGUUCAAAAAGCUUGUUCGCAAUAUGGAAAUUCCGGAGGAUGUAGAAGAUGAUGAUGUUGUGGAGGAGGUGGUGGUAGAUCCACCAAAAGAAUCUCCUAAAAGAAGAAGGGGAUCGACGAAAAAGGGAUCUUCUCCUCGGAAGUUGGACUUGAAACUGACUGAGAAGCGAGGUUCUCGGAGAUUGUCAUCCAAUGAUUCGAAACCUUCGACGCCUGUUCCGGAAGAAAUAGUAGAAACGUCUCCACAAAAAACGAGUGAAGCGGAUGAGUUUGUUUGUAAAUUAAAUUCACCGUUGAAGAAGAAGGACAGUCUGCUUGGAUAUUUCAACAAGGUGGAUAAAACACCGGAAGACACAAAAUCACCGAACGAGACCCCUCCCAUACCGAGACGCAGCCGCUCUCAAAGGACUCCGGUGAUUGAGCAAGACGUUCAAUCUAAAGUAGCGACCGCCGCCGAAAUCCAGGAGGAGCUUCAAAACGAAAACCAAAGUCCCAUGAAUGCUAGCGGACGUCCUCGGCGAGCAUGCGCAGGAAAGGUCGUUGACUAUGCCGCAAUGAAUGGAAUCAGUCCGGAGAAAGAAUCGUCCGGGAGACGUGGGGGUAAAAAACCCAUAGUAACGCCCCUGAAAAUCGUCAAUGUCAACUCGCCGUCUGACGGAAUGAAGGUAGUCAAAUCGCCCUCGUUGAGAAAUUUCGAACUCGAUCCGGAUGGCACACCGAAGUCAGCGCGGAACGUCAAGUUGGCUCCACUAUUUGUGAAGAAACCGACCGAAGAUCCGGAGAAGGUUCGCGCUCGACAGGCAUUUCUGAUGUCUGGAAUUCCAGAAAAAAUGCGACUGGAGAUUGAGAAGCAGCGGUCUUUCGAGGAAUCGAUUCUGAAUGAAUCGCCGGUAUUUCCAUUGGUUAGCCAUGUCCAGCAGCUUGUGAUUUCCGGUAGAGUAUGUGAUAUUUCUCCUUUGCGAAAGUGUAGGAUCAAAAUCAAACCGGUUUCUCCAGAGGUCAGCAUAGAUCCAAAGAAAGAGGAAGAAUUCGAGUUUGCUACAUUGAACGAUUGUGACGACUCGGCGGUGGAGGACAUUCUGGCCAAACUGAUUGGCUACGGGGAUUUCGAAGACGCCUAUGGCUAUGAAUUGCCCAAAAUCGGUAAUGUGAAGGAGAUCGUACGAGAAUGGAAACAGAGCUACAAACAUUUUCCGGUGUUUAAAUGCUACAAGCAGUUCAAAGCUAGUUUUGAUGAGCACCAGGAAGAAGAAGAUCCUCCACCGAUGCUGCAAAGUGGACGAAAAUUCCAAGAGGACACAGUCUUGGAGAAUAGUGUGGAAAUUGUUGAGUCUAAAUUAAGCUAUCGGAAUGGAGAGUUGCUUUUCACCGAAAAAUACAAACCCCUUGUUCCGGAUCACAUUUUGGUAAACUGUCAACCAGCGAUCGCAUUGAAAAAAUUCCUCUCUAGUUGGAAGGAUGAUCGCGUAGUGAAUUCUUACGAUUCGGGCGAUGAUUUUGAAACGUCCAACUCCAGUGCUUCGUCCAAUUCAACUCAAAUCCUUAAUCAUAUUGUUCUGAUCGGACCACCCGGAUGUGGCAAAACCAGCAAUGUCUAUGCCGUGGCCAACGAAAUGAAUUUCAACGUGUUGGAACUGAAUGCCAGCAGCCGUCGGAAAGGUAAAAUAAUCCUUCAGGAACUUCAAGAAGCUACUCAAAGUCACCAGGUCCGCAGGAAGGACGAAACCGUGGAUAUUUUUAAGAAAUCCCGGAAGCAUUUAAAAACCGAAGCUCGACAUGCGUCUCUGGAUUCGGACGGCUCUUCUGGAUCAAAAAAACUUUCGUUGAUUCUUAUAGAAGACGCCGACAUAGUGUUUGAACAGGACGAGGGUUUCAUCUCGGCCAUCAAUCAGCUCAUUGCUACUUCCAAACGCCCCAUCGUACUAACCACUACCGAUCGGAACUGCUCCCAUCUCUCCCGAUACAUCGCCAAUAAUGUGAUCCGUUAUGUAGCCCCAGGAAUUGCCCACGUCGCUAAGUUGCUCACCAUAAUGUCCAUUGUCGAGAAAGUCCACCUCGAUGAAUCGGAAUUGGCUCGGCUGUACGCGCUGAACCGCAAAGACAUUAGGAAAACUAUUAACGAGCUACAAUUCUUUGUUCUAAGUGGGGGCGACCGCAGUCUCGCCGACCAACCUUCCCGCGUCGAAGAACCGGAACUUCGAAUCCGUGAAGACAAACAGCCACAAUCGCUACUGGACGAUGAAGCUUCGCGGCAAUCUAAUGCUUCCUCCACCAACUCAGACGCUCCUCCAGCGCGGAAGCAUACCGCCCUUUUCCGGCUGUUUAGUCGGAAUCAGAACGAGCUGCAACUGAUCAGGUUUCCGAUCAAUUUCGAUAAUUUGUGGUGCAAUAUGGAACGGGUGUUGAGACAACCUCGUCCCUCCGUACCGCUUCCGGUGUCGGCCGCCGGUACUCCCAAGAGGAAACGAGGUACAAAGCGACAAACAGCAACGGCAAAGGCGCCGUCAAUCAACGAUAACAUUUCCUUGGAACUAGAAGAACUGGUUUUCUUCUAUGAGAACAUCUCGACCGCAACUUUGAUUCAGAGGGAUUCAAGGACUCACGAGGACCGUUUGGAAAACCAUUUAGAGGAGGAGAUAGCGCAUGAACUGGUGGAAAGCUCCUGGGAACGAUGGUUCGAGCCGGAACCAACGCCGACCGAGAGAAGGCGGAGCGGGGUGGGCGCCAUGUGCUAUGACAGCUUGAAGCAAUUCGACGGAGACGAUUGUCAAACUAUAUCCUCCUUCAUCGGCAUCAACCCCAUCCAGAACCGUUCCACGUACUGUGACUACGAGCCCUUCCUGCGAACAAUCUGCCGUUGCGAACGCGAACGGUCUCGGGUGGAGCGACGAGGCAGUCGUUUUUAUCACUAUUUCCGGAACUUCAUCAAUUGCAACCCGGUGCCCAGUUUGAGCAGUGCCAGCUCAUUCACGCCGACGAGCUUCAGUGUGGACCACUUUGACGCGCUGAGUACUCGCUUCGAGCAGGAGCACACGAUAGCGAACCCAGCUGAACAGGCGGAAUCAUCCGACGGAAGUCGCUAGAUAAGACCGCAGGGCAAUUAAGUUUCUUUUAAUUUAGGACAAAAGUAGCUCACAAUCGCAUUUCGAUUCGACUUUCGUUUCGGACGCACGUUUCUUUAGUACUAGAUAGGCAUAUUUAUUCCACAGUAAACUUACUCGACUUGCGUCACAAAAACGUUUUCUUCUUCGAUAAUAAUAUUCUUUACAGCUGUGGUGUUACACGAUGUUAUCGAUACCUUAGUUAUUAUUAGCACCCCAGACAUCCCCUAUUGUUUGUGAUUAAUAAAAGCAACAUUAAUCGUAAAA